AUGCCUCCCUCCCUCACUUCCGCCGACAUCCGCCACACCGACUCAGCCGGCGACCUCGAGGUCCAUUUGGACUCGUGCGAUCCGGGGUGGGAGUACGCGCCCGUGACGGAUACAGCGAGUUCGAGGGCUCCUACGGACGCGUAUACUCUAGAGGCUGGCACACGCUUCAAGAACGGUGUCCCGGCCAAUGAUAUAUGGGUGUACCGCGGUACGCUGAUCCGGACGUCCGAGACGAUUGGGGUCGUGGUCAGGGUCGCGUUGACGGACGAGGCAUUCAAGGAUCUUGUCCAUGAGGGCCGGUUUUACUGCGAGCAGCUAGAUGCUGUGCCGAGUGUACCGGUCCCGGUGUGUUAUGGUGCGCAUCGCGUACUUGAUACGGCCCUCGUUGAGGAGAAGAUGCACGCGUAUGGAUGCCUUGCGCUUGAGGAUUGUGGGGAGGCGCUGGGGUCGUUCGACGUGAAGGUGGAUGACGAGUUUCGGUUAUGCCUCGUCAACGCCAUUUGCACUCUCCACACCGCUCAGAUCAUCCACGGCCAGCUCGAUUCUCAUCAUAUAUUACUGCGCGACGGCCGGCCUUACAUCGUCGACUUCAGUCGAGCCAGUAUCGGUCAUGUCUGUGGCAGCUCUCAGUCGUCAUUACGAGUUGAAGAGGAGCGCCUGUUCAAGUUUGGACGUAAAGUAGAUCCCGAGAAGAAUAUGUUCGGUUGCGAUGAGCUGUAUGGAAUCUUGAAUGCCAUGCGUGUUUGGAGACCUGCGACGCUAAGAAUGUGCGGCUCAGACCACUGGGACGCGCGACUGAUCGAAUACCCGCAAGCGCUAGCCGACGAGGCUCUAGCAUGUACUACCAAGAGUGGCUUCCUGACUCGGAUGAAACUGAGCGUCAGGAAGCGUACAUGCGAGGAUCGGUGUAUCGAGCUGAUCUAG